AUGGAGUCACCGGUGAUACAUCCGGAAUCCCCGAUGGAGCAGGAGGACAUCCCCUUUCCUUGCAUGGGCUGUGGAGAGAUCUUGGAAGAAGGCAAAGCUUUUGAGCUAUCUGGCCAAAGAUGGCAUAUCGAUUGUUUCCGCUGCAGCACCUGUAGCACCCUCCUCGACUCCGACGCCCAUCUACUCCUCCUCGGUGACGGUUCCUUGAUCUGCAGCAACUGUACCUAUAGCUGCAACUCCUGCGGUAACAAAAUUGAGGAUCUCGCCAUCCUCACCGGUGAUCAGGCCUUCUGUGCUCAGUGCUUCCGAUGCCGCAACUGCAAGAGAAAGAUCGAAAACCUGCGCUAUGCGCGCACAUCUCAGGGAAUCUUCUGGACAAAGUAUGAUAAGUCCCUGCCUUCGUUGCCCCCAAGCAUGGAGGAGACUCGCUCCAUUGAUGAGAUGCCCACGGAAGCAUUCGCCGAAAUCGCCGUGGACAAUCGGCCCGAUACAGCAGCGUCUGAGCCGGCAGCUGCAGACGACAACCUUCUUCUCCCUUCGAGCACAUAUCGUAGCAGUCGCCAGAUCAGUGCGCAACGCGACACCACCACCACCACCACCACCACCACUGCCGAUAACUCAGACGCAGGUGGCGAGCUUUUGAUCCCUCUCGCAUUUGACCCCUCCGCAAGCCAGCGAUCCUCGUCCCGCGCGCAACCCCAGAUCACCCAGGAGCUGCCUCGCGAUUACUUUGGACAGGUUCGUUCGGGCGACUCUUCAGUACGAGCCUCCUACUCCCUGGAGCCUCCCUCUCGUGCAUCAUCAGAGCACCCUUCCCCUCACAUAGCCUACCAAGAGAAAGGAUGGGACAAGAGUGAAGAUACAAACAAACGCGAUAUCGAUGGAGUGAACGGUACAGCCAAGUCAUUCACCGCGAGCAUGGACGCCACCAUUUCGAAGAUUGGACGGACAGAGUCAGCCCGUAGCUCUCGAUCGGAUCUCCCGCUGGCCCUGAGAGAGACAAGCGCCUUCUCCGGCGCAACAAGCCCUGACAGUACUAGGUCCAAAGAAGCAAUGGCAGAAAUCACCCGAUCUGUGCCCCUGGAGCCGGCGGUGCGUCCCUCAAACGAACUCCGUAGACUACACGAUCACACCUCGAUGGAAUCGGCACAUUCGCAACAGUCGGCCUACCCACCCAAGCGGGGCGACUCUCUGGAGAGCAAGCUCCAUUCAAUUCCCCGGAAGGAUGUCGGUGCAUCCCCUGCAUCUUCGACUUACGCUGGAUCCCCCAAGCUGGAUGGUUCCCUGGAACAACCGAAACAAAGCAUCAACACAUCAAUCACCACCCCUAUCUCGGAUACCCAGCGACAGCUGGAUGGCGCAGGCUCGCCGUCUAUUGCGCGCUACCCCGGAAGUGAGUUUUCAGAUAACGACCUGCCACCUAGUGAUUCCUUCUUUCGCCGCGUCUCCAACUCUGUUCGUCAUGGCCGUAGUUUCAGCGAGAAGAGCGUGAGGCUCGGCAAGGAAGGGAGAUUUCCAAGAUCACCGACUAAUACGAACUUAGUCGGACCCGAGGUGGCUAGCCCAACCGCCAGCAUUGCCCAAAGCGAGGAGAUUUCCUGGCUUCGGAAUGAACUGCAAAAGGAACGUCAACGCAUCUCGGAAAUGGAGAAUGCUCUACGUGCCACCGCAGAUGUCAAACAGGUCAACACCGAACUCUCAGAGAAACGAUCCACCAUGGUUGUCCUUGAUGCGCAAAGGGAGAUCGUUCUGCGAGAGCUCACAGUACUUACGGACCAUAUCGAAGCGGAGAAGCGUGGAAACGCCGGCCAACCCCUGGACCUGGCCAAACUUUCGAAUCAUGUUCUGCGAGAGCUGGCUGAAGCCAUUCACAAGCUGAAGGAGUCCUACACCCCGCAAAUCGAGGAAUUGAUCCAAAAGCGUAAUGACCUGCAUGAGGAACUUGCCAGCAUCACUCGCCAGAAGGAGAAGAGCUUUCAAGAGUUCGAACAGCUCUCGUCGAAGAAUGCCCAACUGGCCGAGCUUAAUAACCAAUUGGUCCACCAGAUCCAGGAGUUGUACAAGAAUAAUCCAGACGGCCACCGCGGACCAAAUGGACUGGGUAUCUCUCACAACAAGGGCGGAUCGAUCCCAUCAAUUGAGCAUAUCAAACCCUCUUUCCAUGAUUUCCCCACCUCCGUGUCUACUGCGCACAUCGGCGACGAGGGUGAGCCUGCAACUGCGACGGUCGUUCCCGGCCCACAGGUGGUUAGUAUCCGCAAGGGCCAGCCGCGCAAGUUUAACUGGAAGAAGGGCGGUCAAAACGUGGCCAAGGGUGUGAAGGGUCUGAAGGGAGCCUUCUUGGGUAGUGAGCAGGAAGGUGGUGCUGGUGGUUUGCCUCGCUCUCAAACUCAAGACCCGAGUCGUCAGGGUUUUGGCUUCUUUGGAAACCAGAGGAAUAAGCAGGGAGGCAAGAUGUCGCAGGCCGACAGUGUGCCCACACUGGCUGAGAUUCCAGGCACUACGCUUUUCGGAACUGAUCUCGAGGCUCGCAUGGAGCAUGAGAAGAGUAUCAUUCCAGCCAUCGUCACUCGUUGUAUUCAAGAGGUCGAACUACGAGGCAUGGAUAUGGAAGGUAUCUAUCGAAAGUCCGGUGCUGCGUCAGCUAUUCAGGGCAUUCGGGAAGGAUUCGAACGAUCUCCAUUUGACUACGAUAUCUCUGACCCGGACCUUGAUAUUCACGCGGUGACCUCCGCAUUGAAACAGUACUUCCGCAAGCUACCCACCCCACUGAUUACCUACGAAGUCUACGAUAUGAUUAUUGAUUACGCGGAGAUUCCCACCGCUGCCGCCCGAGUCGAGCAUCUCGUGGAAAAUCUGAAAGAGCUACCCCGCGUGCACCGUGAUGUGCUCGAGUUCCUCAUUUUCCACCUGAAGCGCGUGGUGGAGCGACAGGACGAGAAUCUUAUGACCAGUCAGAACGUUGCUGUCGUCUUUGCGCCUACGAUCAUGCGACCGGAGAGUCUGGCUCGUGAAAUGACAGACGUGCAGAAGAAGAACGAUGUUCUUAAAUUCUUGGUGGAUAAUUGUCAGGAUAUCUUCCAGGGCAUGCAGGGCUAA